CAUUGCCAAGAGUUCUUCAUGAAAACCCCCUACCCCUUGACUCAACAGUCAACAGUCAAAAGUCAAACACCCCCAAAUAAAUAUCCCACACCCACACCCUCACCGGACCACCACCACUGAACCAUGUCCGACUACAACCACCACGACGGCGGAAGCAGCUGUUUCCGGUGCUGCUUCAGCUUCACACUAACCCUAGGCCUGACCUCUUUGUUCAUGUGGCUGAGCUUACGCACAUCAAACCCAAUAUUAUCCAUCCAAGACAUCUACAUACCCGCCUUAAACAAAACCUUAAACUCAACAGAUUACCAAAAAAUCUACAUAGAUCUCAAAUUUGACAACACUAACAAAGACAAAGGCAUCUACUACCACCCAAUCAACAUCACUUUACAUUACUACAUCAACGGUUCGACUUCAAUUUCAAGUUCAAAGAUUCCGAUAUCGAAUUAUACGAUAAGGGGUUUUUACCAAGGGCAUAAUAAGAAGGCUCGCCGGAAGGACUGGGUGGAUACGUACGGAGUGCCGUGGGAGGCGGCGGUGGAUGGCGGUGGCCUGGCGGUGUUUAGGGUGGAUUUGACGACGGUGAUUAGGUUUAAGAUAUUGGCGUGGAAGACGAAGAAGCAUAGGUUGGUUGUUGGGACUGAUUUUGAGGUGGAUGGUGUGGGGAAGAAGGAGCGGAAGAAAGGUACGCGGUUGAGGUCCGGUGCACCGGAGUUGGGUUCCGGUCAGUUUCCGGUGGGGUUGGGAUUGGUUGUUUUUAGUGGCUUAUUAUUGGUUUUCAAUUAAAUAUUAUUUAUCUUUUUGUAUUUAUUGUAUAUUGUUUUUAGUAGUGAUGAUAUAGUCUAAUUUAUGGGUUUCACUUAAAUUUUUUAAUUUUACAUGUAUAAACGCUAUUUCUUUAA